AUGGGCAAGAGCAAGAAGCGCAAGCACGCUUUGUUCCAUGCAGCCACGAAAGUUCUUGAUGAGGAACAAUCUAACGGAAAGGACCCUGGCGAUGAUCUUGGCUCUGUUGUUUCGGCUGCCGACUUACAAACGACCAUUGACACAUUGCAAAUUCUCACCGAACAUGGCGAACUCCUGCAAGGCCGAGCCUUUAAGGAUCUGCGUCGAGCACUGCAUCCGAUCAUUGUAGCACAAAUGCGAUCGUACGAUCAAGGAACGGAUUACAAAAUCAAAGCAACUCAUGCGCUGCAAAAUCUCAAGUGGUCCGAUGCACUGGCAGCGCUCCAAGGUUGCCGGGAUUUUCAACAAAUUCCAAAACAAGGCACGAUUCAACGAUGGGUCCGCGACUGUGAUCAAGCGCCAACCGAAUGCAAAAUUACCCUACUUAAUGCCAUUCUGCAGGUGAACGGCCAUUCAAGUAACAAUAAGCAUGAUGUGGGUUUGGUGUUGGCGGAGCGCUUAAAAGAUGGCAACUCAAGUCAUGCAGCAAACGGAGGUCUGCUUGUUUUGGAUAGUUGGCGCGUACCUGGACACGCAUCCAGUUCGAAGAUAGAAAAAGAGGAGGUCAUCAAAUUCAAAGUUCCUCUGAGCACCAACAUUAUAUUUCAAGAGAAAGCGUCUGAACGUAAACCUCCGAACGAAUAUGACCUUCUUCUUCACUCUGUCACUCCGGACUCGAUACAAUGGUCAGACCCUCCUCCUACCAUCAACAAGCACAUUGUUCCGUUUGUCGACGAUGUCUUUUUGCUAGAUCAUGUAUUGACGAGAUCUGAAUGCAACCAAUUACGAUCCGUAGCCACGAUGCUGGGUUACCGACCCGAUCAUCCUGUCACCGUGGACAAGCCAACGGGCAUUGAUAGCUGUGAAUGGCUUGUGGACGCCUCAAUCAUGGAUCCACUGAACGAACGGGUCAAAUCACUGCUUCCUCCAAUAAUGAAGGAAAGCGCUGUCGUCCAUUCAAUUAAUUCAAGGUGGCGAUUUUUUCGCUACAGCCAAGAUAGUGUCUAUCGACCCCACAUUGACGGUUCCUGGCCGGAGAGUCGUAUCAAUGAAAAGGGUGAAUAUGAGUACGAUGAAUCAGGAUCCGUCAAGUCUUACUUGACCUUCUUGAUCUACUUGAAUGAUGAUUUUGAAGGCGGGGAGACCCUCUUUUACAUUCCAUCCAGUCAAGGCAUGAGCGCCCGUGGUGUUGUACCGAAGGCAGGAGCAGUACUUGUCUUUCCGCAGGGCAACACAGCUUCGCUGAUUCACGAAGGUUCGGCUGUUGCAAACGGCACCAAAUAUGUUGUCCGAACGGAUGUCUUGUAUCGUGUCAAGGGAGAAAGAUGA